UAUAUGCAGCAUUGGUCUUGCUAUUUGCAUCUGGUGCUUGUCCCCGAUGCCUUAAACCCUCAACUCAUCCGUGUGCGAAAUACGCAUCAGUCGGAAAGCGCACGUUAAAUCUCCAAAGUAAGUAAGUAAGUAAGCUUGUGGGUCACCAUCUCCGUAAAAGGUCUACACCUCAUGCUGCGAUAUCAUCUCAGUGUAUACUUGGAUUGUUAAAAUAUCAAGGCUCCCACAGGUGCCAGUCUGAGUACAUGCUGUACGAAGACCAACGGUCGAGCUCAUGAUGCCUUGUAUCCACCAUCUUUAUGGUGGAUGCGCUUCUGGGAAGGUCCACAUCACAUGCCGUUUCAGGUCCACUGUCUUGCUCUGCUCCACUUCCACCAUCUCACACUUCAGCUCCAGGGAAGGUCCACCAUCUCAGGCCGAUCCAGGUCCACCAUCUCCGCUACUUCGGGGAGGUCCAUCUCACACUGCUCCAGGUCCACCAUCUCACGCUGCUCCAGGUCCACCAUCUCACUCUGCUCAAGGGAAGCUCCACCAUCUCUUGCUGCUCCCAGGAUCCACCAUCUCACGCUGCUCCCGGGAAGGUCCACCAUCUCACGCUGCUCCCAGGAAGGUCCACCAUCUCACGCUGCUCCCAGGAAGGUCCACCAUCUCACGCUGCUCCCGGGAAGGUCCACCAUCUCACGCUGCUCCCAGGAAGGUCCACCAUCUCACGCUGCUCCCAGGAAGGUCCACCAUCUCACGCUGCUCCCAGGAAGGUCCACCAUCUCACGCUGCUCCCGGGAAGGUCCACCAUCUCACGCUGAUCCAGGGAAGCUCCACCAUCUUAAGCUCCGCCGGGGAAGGUCCACCAUCUCUUGUUGCUCAGGGGAAAGGGCCACCAUCUCUUGUUGCUCAGGGGAAAGGGCCACCAUCUCUUGUUGCUCAGGGGAAAGGUCCAGCAUCUCACGCAGCUCCCGGGAAGGUCCACCAUCUCACGCUGAUCCAGGUCCAUCAUCUCGCUCUGAUCCAGGGAAGGUCCAUCUCACGCUGCUCUCAGGAAGGUCCACCAUCUCACGCUGCUCCCAGGAAGGUCCACCAUCUCACGCUGCUCCCAGGAAGGUCCACCAUCUCACGCUGCUCCCAGGAAGGUCCACCAUCUCACGCUGCUCCCAGGAAGGUCCACCAUCUCACACUGAUCCAGGGAAGCUCCACCAUCUUAAGCUCCGCCGGGGAAGGUCCACCAUCUCUUGUUGCUCAGGGGAAAGGUCCAGCAUCUCACGCAGCUCCUGGGAAGGUCCAGGUCCAGGUCCAGGUCCAGCAUCUCACACCGACCAAGGUCCACCAGGUCUCACGCCUCUCCGGGGAAGGUCCACAUCUCAAGCCUCUCCAGGGAAGGUCCACCAUCUCAAGCCUCUCCGGGGAAGGUCCACCAUCUCACGCUGAUCCAGGAAAGUCCACCAUCUCACGCUGAUCCAGGGGAGGUCCAUCAUCUCGCUCUGAACCAGGGAAGGACCACCAUCUCAUGCCAAUCCAGGUCCACCAUCUUACACUGAUCCAGGGAAGGUCCACCAUCCCACGCUGAUCCAGGCAAAGUCCACCAUCUCACGCCUCUCCGGGGAAGGUCAACCAUCGCUGAUCCAGGUCCACCAACUCACGCCUCUCCGGGGAAAGUCCACCAUCUCGCGCUGAUCCGGGGAAGGUCCAUCUCGCGCUGAUCCGGGGAAGGUCCAUCUCGCGCUGAUCCGGGGAAGGUCCACCAUCUCGGGCUAUCCGGGGAAGGUCCACCAUCCCGGGUAUCCGGGGAAGGUCCACCAUCACACACCUCUCCGGGGAAGGUUCACCAUCUCGCGCUGAUCUGGGGAAGGUCCUCCAUCUUGCGCUGAUCCGGGGAAGGUCCACCAUCUCGGGCUGUCUGGGGAAGGUCCACCAACACACACCUCUCCGGGGAAGGUCCACCAUCUCGAGCUGAUCCGGGGAAGGUCCACCAGGUGACAAGCCUCUCAGGGGAAGGUCCACCAGGUCUCAAGCCUCUCCGGGAAAGGUCCACCAUCUCACGCCGAUCCAGGGAAGGUCCACCAUCUCGCCCUGCAGUCCACCAUCUCACGCUAAUCCAGGUCCACCAUCUUACGCUGAUCCAGGGAAGAUCCACCAUCUCACGCUAAUCCAGGUAAGGUCCACCAUCUCACGCCUCUCCAGGGGAGGUCCACCAUCUUGCUCUGAACCAGGGAAGGACCACCAUCUCACGCCAAUCCAGGUCCACCAUCUUACACUGAUCCAGGGAAGGUCCACCAUCCCACGCUGAUCCAGGGAAGGUCCACCAUCUCGCGCUGAUCCAGGUCCACCAACUCACGCCUCUCCGGGGAAGGUCCACCAUCUCGCGCUGAUCCAGGGAAGGUCCACCAUUUCACCCUGAUCCGGGGAAGGUCCACCAUCUCACGCUGAUCCAGGGAAGGUCCAACAUCUCACGCUGCCCCAGGUCCACUCUGCAUUAGGGUAGGUCCACCAUACUGCUGCUCCAGGUCAU